AUGAUUCCAGCUAAACAUGAUGCCACAGGUAACGAUGUAUCGAGCAAUACCAUAUCAACUUCUCAACAAGACACUGGCAACAAAGCAUCGAGCUAUAUUGUUCAAGUUGAUGACGUUCCACCAGAAACUGCGUCAAGAGACGCCAUUCAUACCUCUUCCAAGAAAACAAGUGUCGCUCCAAGCGGAACGAAGACAUACGUUGUGGGACUUCGCUCUACAGCUGAUGGCCAGAACUUUUGCAGUGCUUCGCUCAUUACUCCAAUUCACAUUCUUACUGGAACGUAUUGUGCAUUGGACAACGUUCGUUGGGCCUCAAUUGGCUCACACUAUGUAAGUGGAACCCAAGAUGGUGAACAGAUCAAGGUUGUGGCAAUUCUGAACCACCCAAAAGCUCAAGAGCGGACUUUUCAUUUGACUUUACUAUUCUUGUGCUCGAAAAACCCAGACGGCGAAUGGGCUAUUAAAAUGGGCUGGGACGACACUGGAGGCGCAAACACUUUGACAAAUGAAUUGAUGCGUGCUGACGUUCAGUUGAUGAGUGAUUAUGGUGGUCCAGUUAUUGUCAAGCGUUCGAGCCGUGAUGUCGUCAUUGGUUUGGUCUCCUGGGGUGAUGACUGUGACAAGCCUGACUACCCUAGCAUUUACUCGCGUGUAUCAAGUGUUCGUGCAUGGAUCAACUCCGUUAUAAAUGGUGUAUGUUUCCACUGA